CAUUUAAAAUUGCUACUCAACAACAUAUGUAAAGAAUCAUGGAUUAUAAAGACAAUCCAUUGGUAAUUCGAGUUAAAUAUUGUGUUCCACCACCGGAGAUUAAAGAUAUUGUUGAGGCUCCGCCUCUUCCUGCAUUUUCUCUUUCACCAAAAAGGGAUAAAAUACGAUUUCUUAAGCGGAGAUCUUUACCUCUACUGGUGGAACUAGCAAAACCAGAAGAGAAGCUGGCUGGCAUUCUAAUUGGAGUUAAAUAUCAUGUUCCACCACCAGAGAUUAAAGAUAUUGUUGAUGCUCCGCCUCUUCCUGCAUUGUCUUUUUCACCAAAAAGGGAUAAAAUACUAUUUCUUAAGCGGAGAUCUUUACCUCCACUGGUGGAACUAGCAAAACCAGAAGAGAAGCUGGCUGGCAUUCGUAUUGAUGGAAAAUGCAAUACUAGGAGUCGGAUGUCAUUCUAUACUGGUAUUGGGAUUCAUCAACUAAUGCCUGAUUGCACUUUGGGGCCUGAGAAAGAGGUACAUGGAUUCCCAGAUGGUGCUAAAAUCAAUUUCGUUACCUGGUCAAAUGAUGGUCGGCAUUUAGCAUUUAGUAUUCGAUUUGAUGAUGAUGAGGAGGAUGGCAGUAGUGGUAAGCUUAGGGUGUGGGUUGCAGACAUAGAAACAGGGGAAGCUAGACCACUGUUCCAAUCACCAGAUAUCUGCCUGAAUGGAGUUUUUGGUAAUUUUGUAUGGGUAGAUGAUUCAACUCUUUUAGUUUGCACAAUUCCCUUAUCACGUGGAGAACCACCUAAGAAACCCUUGGUUCCUCCUGGCCCAAAAAUUCAGUCCAAUGAGCAGAAAAGUGUUAUUCAAGUUAGAACCUUCCAGGAUUUACUGAAGGAUGAGUAUGAUGAGAAUUUAUUUGACUACUAUGCCACUUCGCAACUUGUUUUGGGUUCUUUGGAUGGCAAAGUUAAGGAGGUUGGCCCACCAGCUGUGUACACAUCAAUGGACCCUUCCCCAGAUGAGAAGUAUCUUUUGAUUACUUCAAUUCAUAGGCCAUAUUCUUAUAUUGUGCCAUGUGGAAGGUUCCCCAAGAAGGUGGAUGUAUGGACAGCUGAUGGGAAAUUUGUGAGAGAACUCUUAUUCUCCCAGCUUCCCUGCAUGGCAGAGACACAAGAUGGAGGUGAUGCAAAAGUGGAGGUUUCUCCACGUGAUAUAAUUUAUACACAGCCUGCUGAGCCACUUGAGGGUGAACAGCCAGAAAUCUUGCACAAACUAGAUCUUCGAUAUGCGUAUGUCUAUCUGCUUCAUAUUUUAAGUUUAAUUUCAUCUGCAUAUUAGAUUGAAAUGGUGACUGUGGCUUAAUUUUAGUCAUAUUUGCUUCCAAUGCUUAACAAUCUAUGAGAUGUGAGGGAAAUUUUAAAUGCAUAUGAUAUAGUGCCCCUUUUUUUUCUUUUUUUUUUCAAUUAUAACAUUUUUUUGACUUUAUUACCAUAUAUCAGAUACUUCGUUUCUAGCUUUCCUUACCUCUCUAGGUUUGGUUAGAGGCCAACUUUAAUGGAAAGUUUUUACUGGGAAAGUGGUUGGAAAGGAAAGUUAGUAAGUUUUGUUUUUGCAAUGAAGUUUGGUUGGAAUU